AUGGAGCGCCAUGCAUCAUCUCUUCUCUGCGGUCUGCUGCUCUGUGCGGCUAUCUGCACUGCCUACGGCGCGUCUGCCACAUCGUUGUUUGCGCCUCUUCUCUCUCACGAUGGCAACUUUUCUGCCGCUUCUGUCGCUCAGGCCAGGCCUCAGAAGUUGUGUAAGGGAAAGACUCUUGUGAAAUACGUGGUCAAGCUGCAUCCUACCAAGCGCAACGGAAAGGUGGUCGGCGACGCAGGAGCUUCGGGGAAAAUGAUAGUGAAGGCGGUGAAGUACAAUACACACUCCUUCAAUAUUCUCAUCCAUUACGCAUUCUUAAAGCGACGGGCAACUUUUGGCACUGAUGUGUGUGCUGUGCAGCAAGUGUGCGGUGCGGCUGAGUUGUGUGGUGCAGCUGAUGUGUGUGGUGCAGCUGAUGUCUGUGCUGCAGCUGAUGUGUGUGCUGCAGCUGAUGUGUGUGCUGCAGCUGAUGUGUGUGCUGCAGCUGAUGUGUGUGCAGCUGAUGUGUGUGCAGCAAGUGCGUGCCAAUUCGUCUCCCUAGCGCAGCAGCUAUCCAUGGAAGAAUUCCAGCAUCAACUUUUUGGUGACGCGGUUCCAACAUCAGUUCCAACAUCAGUAAAAAACGUCGUCCACCUGCAUCCUACCAAGCGCAACUGGAAGGUGGUCGGCGAUGCAGGAGCGUCGGGAAAAAUCGUCGUGUCAGCGUAUAGCCACCCAACACGAGUGCUAUGA